CACUUGCUCUGUCGUACACGGUGCAGUCUUCCCUGGCUCCCCUCCCGUCCCCGCUUGGCUACUCAGGCUUGCUGCUAGACUUCCCUGAGAUCUCUGUGGGGGCGCGGAUAGGCUGACUGUGUUCGCUCGGUGUUCACUCACGACCCUUGCUGACGCGUACGCGUUGUCGACAUCACGACGCUUACUGCUGAGACUGACUGUGCUACUCUGUAAUGACUGCUCCGACGCAAGUGCUUCCUUCUUGGCUUACACUUUCCACUACCGUUAUCACCGAACCAGACGGGAGUUUGUCUACUUCAUCUGCGACGCUGCAGCUACCUCUCACAUAUUAUGGUCCAAGUAUACCUCUCAAUUCCGACUGGACGUGGGGUGGGCUUACAUCGCCUGGACCAACGAGCACACCGCUGUCAACAGCAUCACCGCACUCUCCGUCUCUAGUUCCUCCAACUGCACCUACCACGGCGCUGUCCUCGGUGUCGAGUAGCACAUCAACUGCAGCGUCCACAGCCUUGUCGUCGGCUGUAACAUCUACAUCUAUGUCGUCAUCUGUGCCGUCCUCUUCAACUGCUAUCAUAAUAUCCUCAUCUUCCUCAAUUUCGUCUACACUUCUAUCCUCCACUGCUACCUCCGCGUCCUCUCGCACUUCUUCGGCCUCCUCAUCUGCCUCAUCAUCACCUACAGUUAUCGCAUUAGCAAACUCCAGUGGCAUCUCGGUCAAAGUGCUGGGUGCAGUUCUUGGUUCGAUCAUCGGCGCCCUUCUCCUGAUCAUUGCCUUGCUCGUCUGGCUGCUAUUGCGAAAGUACAACCACGAUAUCCGACCUGCUGAUGAGGCAUCUCCGCAGGAAUCGAGCUUUUGGAACAGGGAGACGACGCUUCUGUCGCGUCGUUCGUCGCGCCGCAAGACACCCAUCUGGACGGAGUGGCAGGUCGUUUCUCCGGACGAGGCGCAUGAGGAGGAGCAUGAAAAUGUACGCGGAGACAGUCCGGGCGAGGGAUCCCCGCGCGGAAGCGGCGAUGAAGGUUCUCCGUUCCUUACCAGGCAGCACACACACGACGAGUCGAACGAUAUGACGCAGGGUAGCGACACUCUCAUGGACCCACCUUCUGCUGCGCUGACAUCUGGAUCGCCCUCGAGUCGCCACUCGGACCGUAAACUCGGUGGACCCAUCAUUCCCCGUGGCGAGCUGCUUGCGCGAAUGAGGGACGAGCAGCAUACACCGACGCCGAUGUCUGCGCCCGGUGUGCGAAUCGUACGGCCAUCCCCACGCAGGUCUGAUUCCCCUCCGCUGCCUGCGCCUUUCGCGAACUUUGACGAGCGCCAUCUCGGACGAGGCAUGCAUCAUGCCGAGAGCCCUUCGAUGUCGUCCACCAUGCAGGGUGUCUCAUUCUCUUCUGAAAAAUCCACUGAGAAGUCUUCUGCGACGCUGGGCGACCCAAAUGCUUACGAUCCGCCGGACCUACUGUCUCCGAAGCGCAUCAAUAUCAGCAGCUCAGGGCCGUCAGAGGACGAGGCUGGUCCGAGCAGCAGCUUCAGUUCUAGCCCAUCUGGACUUGGGAAGCUGGCCAAUCUACCGCGCAUGAGCUGGUUCAAACGAUUAAGCUCUCCCAAGGAAUCAUACAGCGCCACCCAGACCGAGAAUGACCCGCCCAGCGAGGAUACUUACACUCGCACGCCUUCUCGCCAUUCUCGUAAUGGUUCACGCUCACGACCGGACUCACGGCCGGUUUCUUGGGCGCCUCUACCGACACAUGAACCAACUAGUCCUGAGGCUGCUAGUCGAAGACAGACAAGACUAGCGGUGCCGGGAUUGGGCCUGACAGUCGGGGGAGUCCGGCCAACCUCGUCAGUUAGUGCGAGUGGAAGGAGCGGAGUGAGUGGGAACACAGUGUCGGCGCAAUCCGGGCCCCGCGACUCUGGGAGCGAUUCGCAGCAGGACUCCGUCUCAACAUCCUAUGGCGAGACACCUCGGAGCAGAUUCCCUGGAGGGUUUCUCCCUGUACCGGACGUCCCACCGUCUUACGAAGACUCUCAAUCUGAAAUGUCCCGGGGAAGCAUGUACAUACCUCAAGAUGCAGCCGAUGUUCUGGAUUUCCCUGUCCCACGUCCAGCGUCUCCAUUUACUGCCGUAAGCGGGCGCAUCCAGAUGCCGCAGCCGCAGCCGUACGUUCUUCCCUCCAUUCGCCCUGACUCUCCUCCUGGUCCUGCCGCUGCCAUGCCGAACCCGCGCGCGUGGCGCAACUCGCACGCGACGGAUGGCUCGCAGAGUAGCUCUGCGGAGACUUUGGAAGAUGAGCCGCCUCGUCCUCAGAGAAAUUGGCGGAGCUUGGCGACUGACAGUGAGGGAAGGAGGAUGACUUUUGGAGUUCCAUUGGUUGUCCAUCCUCAUGACGCAGUGAUGUCUGAGCAAGGGUCCUUGCACUCACGCCUGGGCGCGCGUUCACCGCUCAGUCCUCCCGGCUCUCAUCCUGCGUCCGUUCUUACUGGUUCCGGCUCGUCGUCAGGACCAUCUACGCAUUCACGAGGGUUCACAGGCAGUUCCAGCUCAGGUUCGGUGUCGGAGGACGGACGGAGACGAAGGCAACAGGACCCAAGCGAUGUCAGCUCGCCGCCAAUUUCAGCUGUCUUUAAUCGAGAGGGGUCGAACCACUCCUCACGCCCUGCGUCGCCACUGUACAACCCUCCGAGGCCGCCGAUGACGCCUAUCGAGCAGUCGCCAGACUUCCCAGCUGCUAACUUACCAGAGCAUGAGCAGUCGGCGCCAGUCUCUGGCACCAUCACGUCUCAGACGACAUCGAGGACAGAGAACAGCAAUACUCAUUCGAGCGUGACGACCACGCAGACGGAUCCGAUCACGGGAACUACUAUGCACUUCCCUGCUAUGCCUUCGAGUUGGCGGCAAUCAGGAACUGAUUGGAGAAGGUCGGGAACAAGCUGGAGGAGAUCGGGGACAAGCUGGCGAAACUCAAAUUAUGAUCAAGAUGCGAUGUGGUAACUGGGCUUUGGCGAUGCCAUCUCGCCCAAACUGACGAUAGGCAAGGAAUACCAACGAUAUCUACAUGACUGAACUCUUGAUUUUGACAAAAGCUUCGGCAACGACUUCUCUUUCAUCAUUGGUACCUAGCGAUACCUCAUGAUUCCUAUCGACUGCUAUACCUGUUAGAUGGACUUCACGUAACGUAUUUUUCUUUCGUAGCUUACGCCAUUGAACGGACUCACGGCCCCUUAUGAUUAUGAUGAUGUCUUAGCUGCGUACUGACAUACUGUAAUGCGUACUGAUGGAACGGUAUGGAUGUAAUCGCUCACACUUCAACCCAUCUUUCAUUGCGAGAAUGAGGCAUCGCAAGGCGCAAUCUUAAGCGGAGAGAUUUUCAGGUCUC